GUUGCCCAGGUUCCUGGAUUUGAACAGUGAAUGAGGUUGUGUCAUGUGCGUGUGGGACUGCCUCCCCAGCCCUGUCUUAACAACUCUGAAUAACUCCAGAGGUAGGCGGGCUCAGUCAAGGCAGCUUUGUUUCUUUUUUCUUAACUGUAAGCCUUUGACAUUUACUGAGAAAAGCCCGUGCAUUAGACCCCGACUUAGUGGCUGCUCCCGGCAAGGCCCACCUUACACCACACAAGCCCAGGCGCUGAGACAACCAUACUUGGUUCUGAAUUGGCGAGAUGCCUGGAAUGCUGUCAACCUAGUCACUGAUUUACCUAUUUUCAAAGAAAAGGAAAUUCCGUCCUCACCAUCUCGAAUGUGCGCCGUUGCUUUGAUCUUGAAUGCUCACUCGACCAACUGAGAUCCCUUCCGGGAAUGCUUGAGUCUCAGCUAAGCAGCAGUGCCAGGUGCUCCAAGGGUUGGGCUGAGGGGGGCAUUAAGGAGGAACAUUAACACAUGCUUAAGCAACGCUGUCUGUGAGAACUCGCCCACUGUGCCCGGCCACGAAAGGCGCAGCCAUCCCGACACUUGCUGCUGGACAAGAUGAACCAGGCCUCACCACAGCCAGAUCGAAGGUGGUAUGAGAACCACGAGAAGAUCCUGGAGAACCGCGCUCUACGCAGCAACCACUUCCUGGGCAAGAAUACCAUCUAUGGCGUGGAGCGAUGCAUGAGCCUGAUGCAGGCCGGCACCCAGAUGGUGAAGCUGAGAGGGAGCUCCAAAGGCCUGGUCCGCUUCUACUUCCUGGACGAACAUAAAACCUGCGUCAGGUGGCGGCCGUCCAGGAAAAACGAGAAAGCCAAAAUUUCAAUAGAUGCCAUUCGAGAGGUGUGUGAAGGGAAGCAGUCGGAGAUUUUUCAGCGCUACCCGGAUGGAACCUUCGACCCCAACUGUUGCUUCAGUAUUUAUCAUGGUGACCACAUGGAGUCCCUGGACCUGAUUUCGUCAAACGGCAGCGAGGCUCGGACAUGGAUCACGGGCCUCAAGUACCUAAUGGCAGGAAUCAGCGAUGAAGACAGCCUGUCGAAGCGACAGAGGACACGCGACCAGUGGCUGAAGCAGACCUUUGCCGAGGCGGAUAAGAAUGGGGACGGCAGCCUGAGUGUGGGCGAGGUGCUGCAGCUGAUGCACAAACUCAAUGUCAAUCUGCCACGCCAGAAGGUCAAGCAGAUGUUCAAGGAGGCGGACACGGACGACAACAAAGGGACACUGGACUUUGAGGAGUUCUGCUCGUUCUACAAGAUGAUGUCCACGAGGCGAGACCUCUACCUCCUGAUGCUGAUGUACAGCAACCACAAGGACCAGAUGGACACCGACGACCUGAAGAGGUUUCUGGAGGUGGAGCAGAAGAUGAGCUGCGUGAUGAAGGAACGCUGCCUGGAGAUCAUUGACAAAUUUGAGCCGUGCCUGGAGAACCAGAAGCGUGGUGUGCUUGGGAUCGAUGGUUUCACCAACUACAUGCGGAGCCCAGCCGGGGAUAUCUUCAACCCCGAACAUUACAAUGUGAUCCAGGACAUGACACAGCCCCUCUGCAACUAUUACAUUGCCUCGUCCCACAACACCUAUCUGAUGGGGGACCAGCUGAUGUCGCAGUCACGGGUGGACAUGUACGCAUGGGUGCUCCAGGCUGGCUGCCGCUGUGUGGAAGUUGACUGCUGGGAUGGACCAGAUGGUGAACCCAUUGUUCACCACGGCUACACGCUCACCUCCAAAAUCCUCUUCCGAGAUGCGAUUGAAACCAUCAAUAAAUAUGCUUUUGCAAAGUCAGAAUAUCCAAUCAUCCUGUCGGUGGAGAACCACUGCAGCGUGCCGCAGCAGAAGAAGAUGGCUCAGUACCUGUGCGAGAUCUUCGGGGACAAACUUGACGUAUCCUCCGUGCAUGUGGACAAUGUGACCCAGCUGCCUUCCCCUGAGAGCUUGAAAGGAAAGAUUCUCGUGAAGGGCAAGAAACUAUCUGCAAACAUCAGUGAAGAUGCGGAGGAGGGCGAGGUGUCGGACGAGGAUAGUGCGGAUGAAAUCGAAGACGAUUGCAAGCUGAUGAACGGAGAUGCCACGGCCAACCGGAAACAGGUGGAGAGCGUGGCGAAAAAGAAGCUCGACUCGCUGCUGAAGGAAUCGAAAAUCCGAGACCGGGAAGAUCCCGACAGCUUCACAGUCAACGCCAUCCCUCAGACGGGCAAAGUGUGUCAGAAGUCAGACACAAAGAAGCAGCAGAAGCGGAGCUCCAGCGCUGUGCCCACGGUCGAGAAGUCAACGAGUAAAACCGACGACGGCACAGACUCUGGAGAAGAUCCAGUGACCAACAAGAGGCACAGUCGCUCCUUCAUCGGCAGCUUCUCCAAGCGCAAGAAGAAAGCUGUGAAGAUCAAGAAGUCAUCGAGCUUGGAGGAUGAUGAAGAUGAUCAUGAGCAUCAAACCACUGCCGGCCGGAGUGUGGUCCACUCAGCAAGGUGCGGUCGACAGAAGAAGACCAUGAAGCUGUCCCGGGCUCUCUCUGACCUGGUUAAGUACACAAAGUCUGUCGGCAUGUCCGAUAUCGACUCUGAAGUCGUGUGCAGUUGGCAGGUCUCUUCGUUCAGUGAGGCAAAGACCCACCAGCUCCUGCAGCAGAAGCCCCAGCAGUUCCUGCGGGUGAACCAGCAGCAACUCUCCCGCAUCUACCCCUCCUCCUACAGGGUGGACUCCAGCAACUUCAACCCCCAACCCUUCUGGAACGCAGGCUGCCAGCUCGUUGCAUUGAACUACCAGUCUGAAGGAAGAGUGCUGCAACUUAACCGAGCCAAGUUUAACUCCAAUGGGAGCUGUGGCUAUGUUCUCAAACCCAAGUGCAUGACUCGUGCAGGUAACUUUAACUCAUCCGCGGACGACCUGCUGUCGGGACUGACGAAGAAACAACUGGUUCUGAGGAUCAUCAGCGGCCAACAGCUGCCGAAACCCAAAGAUUCCAUGCUGGGCGACAGGGGAGAGAUAAUCGACCCGUUUGUGGAGGUGGAGGUCAUCGGUCUGGCUGUCGACUGCACCAAGGAGCAGACCAGAGUGGUGGAUGACAAUGGGUUUAACCCGAUGUGGGAGGAGACCCUCGUGUUCACCAUGCACAUGCCCGAGAUCGCCCUGGUCCGCUUCUUGGUGUGGGACCACGAUCCCAUCGGUCGAGACUUUAUCGGUCAACGAACUCUGGCCUUCACCAGCAUGAUGCCUGGUUAUCGGCACGUGUACCUGGAGGGGAUGGAGGAGGCCUCCAUCUUUGUUCAUGUGGCCGUCAAUGACAUCAGUGGUAAGAUCAAGCAAGUCAUGGGAUUAAAGGGGCUUUUCCACAGAAAUCCAAAGCAGGCUUCGCUGGACAGUCAUGUUGCUGUAAUGCUCACCCGCAAACACUCUUUUAGUAGUCACAUCCUGCGCCGGACAGCGAGCGCUCCCACCAAAGGGCAGCAGAAGGGCAAGAAGGGCUUCCCGCACAUUGUUCUAGACACCAAGGAUUGCAGCUCGGAGGGAGCAAGUGAGUCUGACGACACCUCGCAGCCCCGCUUCGAGCAGGAGGCAGAAGGCGUGGAGGCAGCUCCAGAAGGUGGUGACAGGGCCGGCCCCCAUAGGGAGGUGCCGACGGAGGCCGUCAAAGGCGUCCAGCCAUUCUCACAUCCACUUCCAAGCGUUCCCAUGCACAGUCUUGCAACCAUCACUGAAGAAUCUAUGCAUUCCGAGGAUAAACCUUGCACUGACUCCCCGUCGACCCCCUCAUCUACUGCGAGCAGCUCAAGAGAAGAAACCGCCGACUCAGCACAACAUCCACUUCCAGGAAGCCCAGGAUCCCAGAAGGUCCAGGCCGCUGACAACGGAGCGAUAACGGCCCCGAGUGAGGAGCGGACGGGAGACGGAGCCGUUGUCACCAGCGUGGAUGCCUCCAAGCCAGUGGCCGCUCCGGCUCUCACUCACGCUGCUCCUACAUCAAGUCUGCCCCAGGACUCUGAGGACGGCGCCGCCAAUCUCUCCUCCAACACGCCCAGCCCUUCCCCAAAUGCGAGAGACGCCGCUGAUGGCCCGAAGGAGGAGAGGGCCGGACAGGCCAGUGUUGGCCCGGGCCAAGCUGGGGCUUUGCCCACUGCCCAGCCUCCGCUACUGGAAGCACUUUGUGAAAAGCCGGACAACACAGAGGCGGCUAAACCCACAACGGGACCUCCUGGUCCAGUGGCCGGAGUAACACAAGGCGGUGAUCACAGCAGCGUUGCCGGCUGCCUCAUCCAGAGAGAUAUCGCUGCCCAGGACGUGGUACGAAGUGUGAGCUGUGACGGGCGCCUCAUUCUAGGUUCACAACCGUUGUUGCUGCUCCGCGCAUCCCCGGUGCCGGCGGUGUCCUCGGAUGUGACCAUCAACGACAGGAUCUGGUGCAAGCUGGAAGGCGAGAGCCACCGGGACAGCAUGUCCUCGUCCUCCAGCAUGUCCUCCAACGACACGGUCAUUGACCUGUCCCUGCCCAACCUGGCGCGGAACAGCCUGUCCGACCUGAGCGCCGGCCAGGGCGACCCCGGGGACAAUCGCACACGGACCCGGCCACGAUCGGCCACCACCGGACACGAGAUGUUGGCUAAGGUCAACACGAGCAAGUCCAACCCAAACCUGAGACGCGACGGCGACCAGCAACCCGUGGAUGAGUUGCAGCCCAAGCCCUUGUCCAAGUCCUCGCCGCCUCCUGUCCACACCAACCCCAGGAGACACAGCUGGAGCAGGCUGUACAUUGAGAGCCUCCAGCGGGCAUCUUCACCCGUGCAGCCCAGGGCCAGGACUCAGUGCACAAAGGCGGCGCUGAACAGCGACAAGUCCAAGAGCCUGGGCGACCUGACCUCCGAGGACAUCGUGGCCAGCUUCGACAGCAAGUACAAGAGCAUCAGCCGCACCUUCAUCUCCAGACCCAUGAGGGAGCAGCGCCGGGCCGCCGCCGCCGGCAGGAGGGUGCCCGCUCACGACAACCUGACCGAGCAGCUGAAGAGGAUCACCAGCUUCGAGCGGGAGAACGACAUCAGCUCUCCCACGGCUGAGGGGCAGCGGGAGGGGGAGGAUGGGGAGAGCAGUCCCGUGGUCCUGCGCCGCUGCUCGUCCAGGAGUCAGAGCCGAGUGCGAUACGUCGCCAACCGGGCGAGGCAGGCGGAGGCGCGGCGGCGGCUGAGUGAGCAGGGACAUGCCGGGGGGGGCAACCAGCUGGGGGAAAGGGGCAACCCAGAGGGGGCAUGUUCCGUCCCCAAAAGCAUCUGCACCGACUCAACCCCAAUGGACAAAGUCCCAGCCGCCAAUGGCAACGACGCCGAGGUCUUCUUCAUGUUGAAACUAUAACGCUCAUCUUCAAACGAGCAAACCCCACCGGCGUUAAACCCACUCACUGCCUUGUCGGUAGAUUUAAAACGAGUUGUUUCACUCCAAAAGGCCAGGACCAGAGCGAUGGGUCCAAGUUUUCAAAGCUGGAAUUCGUGCUCUCGUUUUGUUGCACUUUUUUUUAACGUGCCAAACAUUGCACAAAUCAAAACCGUUUGCAACUGGAAAUUGGAACUUUUAUCUUCAACAACUCUUGGUAGUGUUCACCAAAAGCUGCACAUAGACAUGGGAGCACAGAGAGAGGAGGAAG